AUGUUUUGAUUUCAACGCAUUCGCGUCACUUGUGUUCAACAAAAAGCGCUCCGGUGUGUGAUUGUUUAAAAAACUACCGCUAUUACUAGUAAGUACCUUGUGUAAGAAGUGCCCUUUGAGAGAAUCAUGAGUCGUCGCCGAGUACACGAAGAUGAAGAUGGAUACGACCGGGUUUAUCGCAAACGCCGGCGAGUCUCUGAAAAUCAGGAGAUCGAGGACCGCCUGGAGUCCCUAAUUCUACGAGUUGGCGAGAAGAGCAGCUCUUCUCUUGAAUCCAAUCUUGAGGGUUUAGCCAGUGUGCUUGAAGCUGAUUUAGGCAACUUCAGGGCAAAGAUACUUAGAAUUCUAACUGAUUGUGCUAUUAGAAUGCCAGAAAAAUGCACAAUUUACACCACUCUUGUCGGUUUACUGAAUGCAAAGAACUAUAACUUUGGUGGGGAAUUUGUUGAGUUUAUGGUUAAGACUUUUAAAGAUUCCUUAAAGUCUUGCAAAUGGGAUGCAGCCAGAUAUGCACUUAGAUUCUUAGCUGAUUUGGUUAAUUGUCAUGUGUUAUCAGCUGCAUCACUUCUGCAAUUGCUAGACAAUAUGAUUGAUGCAGCCAAUGAGGAUAGUGUGCCUCAAGUCAGGAGGGAUUGGUAUGUUUAUGCGAUUUUAUCAACUCUUCCAUGGGUUGGCAGAGAGUUGUACGAAAAACGCGAGCGUGAUUUGGGUAAUUUACUGGUCGCGAUUGAAGUUUUCUUGAACAAACGCAGCAAGAAACAUCACAAUGCUCUCAGGGUUUGGUCUGAUGACAAUCCCCAUCCUCAGGAGGAAUAUCUAGAUUGUCUUUGGGCACAGAUACGUAAACUAAAGCAGGAUAACUGGCAGGAGAAGCACAUCCCUCGUCCAUAUCUCGCGUUUGAUUCGAUUCUCUGCGAAGCUUUGCAGCAUACUCUGCCACCGAUUAUUCCUCCACCUCAUGAGGACAGCUACAGUUACCCGAUGCCUUGGGUAGUCUUCCGAAUGUUUGAUUAUACUGAUUGUCCAGAAGGACCAAUCCUGCCAGGCACGCACUCAAUUGAACGAUUCUUGAUUGAGGAACACUUACAUUCGAUCAUCGAAUUGUAUCACUUGGAGAGGAAAGAUUGCGCCGCGCAUCUAUUGAACUUUCCGUACAAGUCGAAGAUCCCAUUGGAGUACUGCAUUGUUGAAGUGAUCUUCGCCGAGUUGUUCAACAUGCCAACACCGAGAUAUCUUGAAAUUGCUUAUGGAGGUAUAAUGAUCGAACUGUGCAAGCUUCAGCCGUCUACCAUGCCACAGGUGUUGGCGCAGGCCACGGAGAUUUUGUUUAUGCGCAUUGAUUCAAUGAAUGUGUCAUGUUUCGAUCGAUUCGUCAUUUGGUUUUCGUAUCACUUGAGUAAUUUCCAGUUUAGGUGGUCGUGGGAGGAUUGGGAGGCUUGUUUGACGUUGGAUUAUGAGCAUCCAAAGCCGAAAUUUAUCAGGGAGACUAUGUUACGAUCAUUACGAUUGUCAUAUCAUACAAGGAUCAAGGAAAUUCUGCCCGAGAGUUUCGCAGGAUUUAUUCCGGAGAAGCCUGAACCUGAUUAUAAAUAUGCUAAGGAAGGAACUGGUUCAGGUACGUUACCUGGCACAGCAGCUGCACAUCAAUUGGUCGUUUCAAUCAGGCAGAAGUGCACGCCUGAAGAAGUGAUCAGUGUGCUGAAGGAUCUGCCGAAUCCCCUCUCGGAGGAGGAUGCCGACAGUCGCUUUAAUCCGCUCAAGAUCGACGUGUUCGUGCAGACGUUAUUGAACUUGGGCGCGAAGAGUUUCUCCCACAGCUUUGCGGCGAUUUCGAAAUUCCAUUAUGUCUACAAGAUAUUAGCCGAAUCUGAAGAAGCACAAAUCUGCAUCUUGCGCAACAUGUUCGAACUGUGGCACAAUCAUCAGCAGAUGAUGGUUGUAUUGGUGGAUAAGAUGUUGAAGACGCAGAUUAUCGAAUGUGCUUCUGUCGCCAAUUGGAUUUUCUCGAAGGAGAUGGUUUCGGAGUUCACCAAAAACUACAUCUGGGAAAUUCUGCAUUUGACAAUUAAGAAAAUGAAUAAACACGUAAUAAAACUAGGUGGUGAGUUAUCCGAAGCAAGAGAAAAACUAGCCAGGGCGGAGUCUAGCUCCAGUGAGAGCGAAGACGAUGAUGAAGACUCCGGUAAAAAGAAAGAAACAGAUAAUGAGAAGCCCACCGAAGAGAUGGUCGAACGCAUGGAGGAGAAAUUGGAGGCGGCACAGGCCGAUCAAAAGAAUUUGUUUUUGAUUGUUUUCCAACGUUUCAUCAUGAUUUUAUCGGAGCAUUUGGUUAGAUGCGACACGGAUGGUAGGGAUUACAAUACGCAUUGGUACAGGUGGACUAUCGGAAGGUUACAGCAAGUAUUUUUAAGUCAUCAUGAGCAAGUCCAGAAAUACAGUUCAACAUUGGAGACUCUUUUGUUCACGCAAGAUUUAGAUCCACAUGUGUUGGAAGUGUUCCAACAGUUUGUCUCACUGCAGUCGUAAGUAUCUAAGGAGUGCGUCGUUUGUGAAUAAUUUUUAAGUAAUUUGAUGCUAAAUAAAGCACAUACUUUUUAUGAUUUAGUAAUAGAGAAUACGAUUGUAUUAUGAACAAUUAGUUUUCUUUUUCGUUUUCAAAUUUUAUUGCGAAUAAAAUAUAAAAUUAUUCUUAAA